AUUAAACUGUGCUAUACGUUGAGCGCGUUCGUUAUAAUCUUUCCCGAUCCCGUUAUUGGAAUUACCCAGGAUGUCGCCGCCUCGGCAACAUGUAUUACUGUUUCCGUAUCCAUUAUUCGGACACAUCAGUCCGCUGCUGCAGUUAGCCCGGAAGAUGGCGCCCCACCACGACGUGACGUUCGUCACCUCCGCGCUGCGCGUCCAGCAACUGCGCCAACGCGGCAUCUUCACCGCGGCCGACGAGGCGUCCAUCCAGCUGGUGGGGCUCCUGGACGCCCUCCAGGAGAGCGACGACACCGAGGGCACCUUCCAACAGAUGCUGGAGGUGGGCGAGAAGACCUUCCCCUUCAUGACGAAGCUCUUCCGGACCCUCCCGAGCUCCGCGUCCCCCGACGCACUUGGCGACGACUACCGGGCGCUGCUGGACCGCCCCCUGCAGCGGCCGGUCGACGUCGCCAUCAUGGACGUCAUCGCGCUGCGCGAAUCCCUGCCCCUUCUGCAUCCCCGCGGGAUUCGCUGCUUCGUCUUUAACUCCUCCGGACUGAUCUUUUCCAACAAGCUGAACGUUAACCAAGACACCCCGGCGCUCCCGGACGCCGCCUUCUUCUCGGACUGGGAGGCCCACCCCGAUCUCGCGGUCAGCGGGGUUCCGCGGGCGUUUAAGGAGAUGUGCAUGGACUGCGACGGGGAGCUGUUCCCGGGUCUGGACGCCCUCGCCGGGUUUAUCGUCAAUUCCAUCGAGGAGCUAGAACCGGAGGUCGUCCGCACCAUGGCCACGCACCGGAAGACGGCCGGAAAGCCCGUGCGGUUUGUGGCGCCGCUGUUCGCCGACGAAGCCGGUAAAGGUCACGGGAACCUCGUCGGGGAGUGGCUGGAUGCGCAGGGUGAGCGCAGUGUAGUCUACGUCAGCUUCGGCUCGUUCGCCGUGUCCCAGAACGAACAACUCCACGAAAUCGCCAAGGCGUUGUUGUCGCUGAAUAAGCCUUUUAUUUGGUCCUUGAAAUCCCAUCAGCAGAAGCUCCUCCCACCGGAAAUGCAGGCUUCCAUCGCCGGCCAAUCCGCAUCUAGUAAAUAUCUGGUGUUGGCAUGGACGCCGCAGCGUAGCAUCCUUAACCACCCGGCAACGCGGCUCUUCGUAAGUCACGUGGGAUACAACAGCCUGCUAGAGACCUUCGACGCCGGCGUGCCGUUGGUGUGCUGGCCCAUGUUCGGCGACCAGUUCGCCAACGCCGACAUGGCGCAACGGCUGGGCAACGGCCGGACCAUCCCGGACACCGGCGCACUGCAUUCCCGCACGGUGCCGGCGGCGGAGAUUGCGGAGGCAGUCACCACGGUCGGGCAGUGGGAGCGGAACUUUGGGGACGGCGAUUAUGCGCGGAAAGCGGCGGAGGUCAGCCGCAUGGUGAAAGCGGCCGCCGCACCGGGUGGCAGUUCCUGUGAAGCGUUCACGAAGCUUGUUCUGUCCGAUAUUCCGCUCGCGUAGUGCUGCUUUAUUAGUUGCCUUCUUAAUUACUACUGCGCCUUGAUUUCUUUAUGCUAUACGUUGACAAUUAACUGCACUAUUUUUGGUAAUAAAUAUUUCUCG